AUGGCAGGAAUCAAAAGCAAGAAAAACCGCAAUGCUGAUCGUUUGAACGGAGCAAAGGGAAAGAAGGAUCCCGGUGUACCUAACUUUGCCAACUUUAAGCAAAAGAAGCAAAACAAGGAGGAGGCCAAUCGUAAAAAGAUUGCAGGCAACAAAGAACGUCAAGACUUGGCCAGACAAAAUUUGCAAAACAGAAACAGAAAUCUCAACAUCUUUGAUAUGGUGAAGAAUGCCGAGAAGCGUAGCCAAGAAUUCGACGAAACUGUUGGAGAGAAUGAGGAUAACAAGGUCAUCACAGAUGCCGCAGCUACUGGACAAAAGGACAAUUCCAAAAAGGCCUACUACAGAGAGUUUAGAAAGGUAUUGGAGAAUGCAGAUGUUAUUUUGGAAGUGCUGGACGCUCGUGAUCCAUUGGGUACCCGUACUCGCAGUGUGGAGCGUAUGGUCAUGGACAGCGGCCUUGAGAAGAAGAUUAUCCUCGUCAUGAACAAGAUUGAUUUAGUGCCCAAAGAGAACGUCGAACAGUGGCUAAAGUACCUGAGAAACGAAUAUCCAGCCAUCGCAUUCAAGGCAUCUACACAGAGCCAACGUAACAACUUGAGUCAAUCCAACGUAUCCACCGACGCAGCCAGUAGCAACAUGUUGAACUCUGCUGAAUGUUUGGGUGCUGACACAUUGAUCAAGCUAUUGAAGAACUAUUGUAGAAACAUCAACUUGAAGACGUCCAUCACAGUGGGUAUUGUGGGCUAUCCCAAUGUUGGCAAAUCCUCAGUCAUCAACUCACUCAAGCGAUCCAAAGUGUGUGGUGUUGGAUCCACACCUGGUUUCACCAAAGUCGCUCAACAAAUCACAUUGGACAAAAACAUCAAAUUGCUGGAUUGCCCUGGUAUUGUGUUUGCUCAACAAGGCCAAGACGGACAAAACGCAGCUGAAAUCACACUGAGAAAUUGUGUCAAGGUCGAGCUAUUGGACGACCCCAUUACACCUGUCGAAGUGAUUGUAUCUAGAUGCACAACAGAACAGCUGAUGAAAAUGUACAAUGUCGCUUAUUUCAAUAAUGCGCAUGAAUUUCUAGUGUUAUUGGCUCAACAACGUGGUAAACUUAAAAAGGGAGGUGUCGCUGAUACGCAUCAAGUUGCUCGUCAUGUAUUAACGGAUUGGAAUGGUGGAAAAAUCCCAUAUUAUACCAUUCCUCCCUCCUCCAAGAAGAGUCAUAUUGAAGCUUCUGUGGUGAAUACAUGGGGUAAAGAAUUAGAUUUAGACCUCGCAUCUGCUGAUAUUGUUCUGGCUGGACUCAAAUCAAGUAACGAAUUUGGAUCCAGUGUUGUCAUGCAAGCCAAUGACGAUAUUGAUAUGACGAAUGAUGCUGAUAUGGAUAGCAUGGAUACAUCCAUGGAUACUGCAACUGACGACAUGAUCACAGAGAGCAACAGCAAUAUAUCACAACCCAUCAUUCAAGUGGAUAAAAUGUUGAACAUGAAAAAGAAGAAUGCCAUCAGUCGACCUCAGCACAUUGUCUCACACACAGAGGAAGAGCUGAACCCUCAGACCAACCAGCAGCUCAAGAAGCAGUUGAAAGCACAGCAAAAGAAGGCUAGAAGACAAGCUGGUGGACACAGCGGCAACAGUCUGUUUGAUGAGGACGAUGCCAUGUUGGAAGAAUCAUUCCAAUUCAAUAUUCCUAAUGCUACGUCUUUAAUGGCAGCACCAAUCCCUGAUGAAGACGAAGAGCUAUAG